CGGAAGUGUCCCUGAAUGACGUCAUUGCUCAGAGCUGAUUAAGAUGGCGCUCCGGCCCGGAUCAGGCGGAGGCGGCAGUUUCAUGUACCCUGUAGGAGGGGGACUUGGACCACCACAAGGAAUGAUGCCCAUGCAGCAACAGCAGCAGCAACAGGGAUUCCCUAUGGUCCCAGUCAUGCAGCCCAACAUGCAAGGCAUGAUGGGAAUGAACUUUGGACCUCAGAUGCCAACCGGACCAAUGCCCAUGCAGGGUGGCAUGGCCAUGGGGAUGCAGGCACCAGGUAUGCAGUUUAUGGGUCAACCCCAGUUUAUGGGAAUGAGAGCUGCGGGGCCACAGUACCCUGCCGACCUGCAGAAACAGAUGGCUGAGGAGCACCAAAAGCGCUUGGAGCAGCAGCAGCGCAUGUUAGAAGAAGAUCGGAAGAGAAGACAGUUUGAAGAGCAGAAACAGAAACUGCGUCUCCUGAGCAGCGUCAAACCUAAAACUGGAGAGAAGAGUCGAGAUGAUGCGCUGGAAGCCAUAAAAGGGAAUUUAGAUGGCUUCAGCAGAGAUGCAAAGAUGCAUCCCACUCCAUCUUCUCAAUCUAAGAAACCAGACUCAUCGCCAUCUCACUCCUCUGUCCCACCACACUCGAUCUCCCCUGCUUUCGCAGAGGAUGAUGAUGAAUUUAGUGACUUUAUACAGGGCCCUGUUGAGGCCUCCUUUUCGAGUUCUUCCCUCCCUUUGCCCUCCUUUUCCUCAAUUGCCAAUAAGUCCGCCUUAGAGGCAGGAGCUGGGCAGCAGCCCUGUUCCAGCCCUCUCCCCUUUUCCCCUGCUCCCUCUCUGAACACACUCACUGUCCCUCACCACUCUUCUGUCAUCUCCAGCUCCCAAUCUACAUUCCAAGGCCCAUCUCUGGAGGAGAAGCUCUUCUCCUCAUGCGAUCUAAAAGCUGAUAAGAGGGCUCAGGUCAACUUUAAACCCAACAAGGCCCUCGUUGAACUGGCUCCCAGAGCUCAGGUAUCAGUACGCUUCCAGAGUAGCUUAAAAGCUCGCAACUGGGCCCAGUGCUCCGAUGACCUCAGCGCUGCCUUCAUGGUGGAGAAGACUCCUGAGCCUCCAACUGCUUCUCCGGCUCCCAAAGCAGCAGAAGCUCACCCCGAUCAGACAUCAAGUGCUAGUGCAGGUGUUGGUGUCUAUCCACAACAAGAAAUGCAGAACUUGUUGCCAGCUUGGCUCUACAAUGACACUCUUGUUCCAGAGAUGUUCAAGAAGGUUCUGGAGUUAACAAUGACUCCAGCAGGCAUUGACACAGCCAAACUCUACCCCAUUCUUAUGUCAUCGGGGCUCCCCCGAGAGGCCCUGGGGCAGAUCUGGGCUUCAGCUAAUCGCACCACACCGGGCAAGCUGACCAAGGAGGAGCUGUACACUGUGCUGGCUUUGAUCGGAGUAGCACAGAGUGGGCUUCCAUCAAUGAGCCUGGACAUCCUGAGUCAGUUCCCUACCCCUCCAGUACCCAACUUACCUGCUAUGACUAUGACUAUGCCGGCCGUCCUGACGCACCAGCAGCCGAUAAUGCACCCUACCGCACCUCCCGUCAUGCCCAUGACUUCCAACUCACUGGCACAACCUUCUAACAGCUUCAUCGCCAACUUCCCUCCUGUCCAGGGCACCAAAGUGGAUGAUGAUGAUUUCCAGGACUUUCAGGAGGCUCCAAAAGCUGGAGAUGAUUCAUUCACAGAUUUCCAAGGAGAGACGGGCGGAACAUUCCCCACCGUAACCUCCUCUCAAAGCAGCAUUUCAGCCAUGCUGACUCCUGUGACUGGCUCUACAUCCUCUUCUACCUCUGAUAAAUAUGCAGUGUUCAAACACCUGUCAGUGGAACAUCCCACAGAAUCCACACCCCCUGUCUCAGAUCUUGGGGACAAAUACAGUGUGUUCAGAGAGCUGGAGCCGGCGUCAGACCGAAAGCCAGUUGGGGAAGGUUUUGCUGAUUUCAAGUCCGUUGGUGCCGAUGACGGCUUCACCGACUUUAAAACCGCCAACAGCACUUCUCCACUAGACCCUCCAGACCAGGCCAAGACAUUCCAACCUUCUUCUUUUCAAAUUCCUUUUGGCUCCUCUCACUCCCUUUCACAAUCUCAGACCCAUCCAGCUUCUCUGGCACAACCCAAAAACCCUCUAAACAUGUCAGACCUGGACCUCUUCUCCUCCAUAGUUCCCCCUUCUAUUGCCGACUCUAAAGCCACCACUCUUUCCAUUUCCUCUUCCUCCACGGUGCCCUCGCUGCUCCUUCCUUCCACAGGCCCCAAACCGGACGACUUUGGUGACUUUGCACUCUUUGGCUCCUCCUCCUCCUCAUCUUCGGCUUCUGAGGCAACUGCCUCGGCUCAGAAAGGAUCCGGAGGAGGAGGCGCAGCGGGACAGGACGACUUUGCAGACUUCCUGUCAUUUGGUAACCCCGGGAAGCAGCCGAACGAGAGCAGCAAGGAGAGCGAUGGCUUUGCUGACUUUCAAUCGUCCAAAUUCCAAGAGAAGAGCUUGGUUGACAAGAUGGCUGCCUUCAAACAGACCAAGGAAGACUCUGCUUCGGUUAAGUCUUUGGACCUGCCCUCGAUCGGAGGCAGCAGCGUGGGAAAAGACGACUCUGAGGACGCGCUCUCUGUGCAGCUGGACAUGAAAUUGUCAGACGUGGCUGGAGAGUUAAAGCAUGGCGCAUCUGACAGUUCACUGGACCUCCCAGGCCUGAACCAUCAGCCCCCUGCCACAGGUCCAGGCUGUAUAAACAGUAGGGGUCACACAGAGGUUGACGAUCUCAAGUUCGAUCCGUUCGGGAACUCUGGCAUUAGCGGCUCGACCGUCUGCGAUUGGUCCGACAAAGAUGAUGCCCCGUGCGCUCAGGGCACCAAAGCCCAGGCAUUUCCUGUAUCUGGACUGCCCUCUUUAGCUGUGCUUCACAGGAAGGAGACAUCGUUUGGAAGCUCGGAGAACGUCACACACACCACUCUUGAAAAAGUCACCACGUUCCCUAUCGAAGACACCGGGUUUGCUGACUUUGCGGAUUUCAGUUCUGCUCCGCACGCACCUAGAGAGGAGGAAGAUGAUGAUUUUGGUGACUUCGCCAGCACUGUUUCAGAAAAAUCUGAUGCAGCCGAUACAGGUCUUGAGGCCACGCAUCCUGAGGUGCUGGAUGACUUCACUGCUUUCCAGGCUGACAAGCCCAAGUUUGGUAAAUCGGACUUCCUCAAAGCUAGUGCUCAGCCAAAAGCCAAAUCCAGUGAGGAGAUGAUCAAGAAUGAGCUUGCUACAUUUGAUUUGUCUGUGCAAGGGUCCCAUAAGCGCAGCCACAGUCUGGGUGAGAAAGAGAUCUGCUCGACACCUUCUCCUGCUCCUGAGCAGCAGUUCCGCGAUCGCGCCAACACAUUGAGUGAGAAAGCAGCGCUGCCAGUCAUCCGGGACAAGUACAAAGACUUAACAGGAGAAGUGGAGGAGAGUGAGCGCUAUGCGUACGAAUGGCAGAGGUGCUUGGAGAGCGCUCUUCAGGUGAUCUCCACAGCCAACAACACCCUUAAUGGCAUCAGCAGUUCCGGCGUGUGUACCGAGGUCAUCCAAUCAGCACAAGGCAUGGAGUACCUACUAGGAGUGGUGGAGGUGUAUCGUGUGGCCAGGCGAGUGGAGCUGGGCAUCAAGGCCACGGCUGUGUGCUCGGAGAAACUGCAGGAGCUGCUGAAGGAUAUAAGCCGUGUGUGGAACAACCUCAUGGGCUUCAUGUCUCUGGCCAACGUCUCACCUGAUGAAAGCUCUCUGGACUUCUCCUCCUGUAUCCUGAGGCCAGGCAUCAAGAAUGCAAAGGAGUUGGCCUGCGGAGUGUGUCUGCUCAAUGUUGAUUCACGCAGCAAGAAGAAGGAGGAGAACACAUUCGGACGUCUGUUUAAAAAAGCACUUGUAAAAGACCCAGGCACCAAGUUAAUGGCUUUUAACUCCGAGACUGAUAACUUCAAACUGACAUACGGUGGGCACCAGUACCAUGCAAGCUGUGCUAAUUUCUGGAUUAACUGCGUCGAGCCCAAGCCUCCUGGCCUCAUCCUCCCUGACCUGCUGUGAUUCCUCUGAUCCAUAUCUCCUGCUGGGGAACAACUGGCGAACAACCUGAAAGUUCUUUAAAUGUUCUGGUUUUGCUUUUUCUUAAUUUAUUGUCGCUCUUUCUUUUUUCUCUCCACGACUUAAAAAAAAAAAAAAAACCUUCUUCAACUUGGCCUGUUGUGGUACUCGGGGUUUGGUGAAUGUGUGCUGUUGUAAAGAAACAAGAAAAUCGGUUAUUUAUUGAGCUGCAUCUUUAACUUUUCGUCGUUGUGUUUUUGGCUGUGUGUAUCGGUCCGAUGUUUAACUGCUGUACGAGCUCGACCCCCAUUGCUAUCCAUGAUAAGGAAAGUCGAUUGUAGAUGAACAGAAAUGUGACAUUUAGUUAAUUGCGUAAUUUGAAACAACCAGAAGAAUCUUUAUAUUGGCACAUGUUCUAUAGAUCAUGAUUGUCUUAUAUUAAAUAGAGAAAGGUGUUUUGCUUUCGCUUAUCAGGGCUCAUUUAACGGCCAGGAGGGAUGGAAUUGUCUGAGAUGUAAUUAUAUUAUUUGGGGAUGUUUUAUAAAACAGAGACAGGACUAUUAAAAAGGGUCUUUUACAACGGGGUGAUGUUGGAUAUAUAUAUUUUUUUUUUUGUAACAUGAGAUGAUGCUUCAGAAGGAUGUCGUCUUAAAACUCACUUGUUUUUUCUUCAUCUUAAAUCAAAUGCAGCUUAUUUACAUGAACUACUGAGUGUUAAUAACAUGGCUGUAUACAGUUAUAAUGUCUGUUACAAUGUCUAUUAAAUGCUGUGUAUUGCUUA